UUUAGACGCGGGCUCCGUGAAAAUGGACUGUUGAGUAGUGAUCUACUCAUCUUGACCAUAGACAUAGAUUUUAAAAAAUAAUAAAAAAUUAUUAUAACCGACGGGUCGGAAAAUGCCAACACGUGACCGGCCUUGUAUACACGGGCUGAUUUUGGUUUUGGGUCAACAAUCUGGUGACUCGAUUUGUUGACUACACAUAAGUUUCGGACAUGGUUCCGAUUCAGGUCCGAUCCGACCUGAAUUGGAACAAAAGAGUGCCAAACAUUGCUUAAAGCCCAUCCAAGUAAAAUGUGUGCAUUUGCCCACAUGCCAUAGUAGUGCACCUAUGCAUGUAUUAUGGCAAUUGCAAAAACAGUUGCGUGAGGUCAACUGUCAUAGUCACAAUUUUGACUUAUUGGGGUUUGGCAUGUAGAUGAAGCUACUGUAGCACAUGCCCUUUGUCCUCAAACAAAUCACUCACUUGUAAUAAAAAAAAUUACAAACAGUGAAAUCACCAAACAAGUUGCUAAAGUGGAUAAGAAUCAAAUGGCUGAUAUUAAAGCUACUUUCGGAGCUAACUGAUUUCUGCAACUCCAGAGGCAUAGAAGAAAUUGAUUUUCUUUUUGCAGCACAAUGGCCUUCUAUGGCUACACCGGCACGGGUAGUAAUUACAAUUACGAUUUUGCCCCUGCUCCGAGUGAAGCUUCAUCGCUGUACUUCUCUCCAUAUGAAUACGGUGAGCCUGCGUUUUUAGAAUAUAAAUCUUCUGCUUACUAUUAUAGAGAUGAUGAUGAUUCUUUUGCGGAUCCGGAAUUAAAUUACUCUGUCUACACUUCUUCCGAGCCUCAAGCGCUGCGUUACGAUCCGAUCGAAUAUAAUUAUUCCCACUACUCUGUAAAUCCAUCACACUACAGCUACAUUGAGCCUAAGCUUCUCACUUACGAGCCACCUCCUUACGAGACAAAAUUCUUCAUAUCGUAUUCGAAGCAAGAAUUCAACGAACCCGAAUUCGAAGAAUACGACCCGACCCCUUACGGUGGAGGUUAUGAUCCGGUUGCCACAUACGGCAAACCACUCCCUCCUUCAGAAACCACCUGUUACCCUCGCUCCGUGCCUCGAUCUGACGCCACGUCAUCACUGGAAAAUUUCUCUUAUUCUUCGAUUCCUUCACCGUAUGGUAAAGAUGAUGAAGAUAUUGAUCUUCCAAAGAAGCCUCAAAAUGGAGCUAAACCAAUCGACACGAAAAUUGUCGAAAAUUCGAUGGCUAAAGAUGAUGAAGAUAUUGAUCUUCCAAAGAAGCGUCAGAAUGGAGGUAAACCAAUCGACACCAAAAUUGUCGAAAUCGUUGUCGAUGAUUUGAUGGCUGAAGGAGAUGAAAAUGGGGUCGAGGAAAAAAGGAGAGGCGAUUAUUACGGUGGUGAAAGUGAGAGGGGGAUGCAUUAUAUGCCAUAUGGUUCUGGUUUGGAAACAAUUGAUAUUUGCGAGAGUAUAUUUGGUUAUUGGCCAUGCUUAGCCAAGAUCGAGCAGCAAAAGAAGCAGAAGCAGAUGAACAACUAUUAUGAGUUCAUGGAGGAAAGAAGAAUGGAUCCAUGGAAAAGUGCUGCAGAUUAUCUAUUUGGGGGUCCAGAAGCUGAAGCUGAAGCAGAAGCAGAAGCAGUUACGUAUGAUUAUGAAAACUAUCACCAUCAUAACCAAAAGCAGGCUCAAUAUGAGUAUCAUUCAUGGCUUCAAUAAACAAAAUUCUCAAAUAAUUCUCUAUGUUUUUUUUUACUAUUUGCUUCCAUAAUCUUUAUUAUAUGGCACUAUUUUGUGAUUGGUGGAAGGCAAAAUCAUGCUUUUUUUGGGAGGAUAUUCAGUGAUGCUGUCUGGUAUGAGUAUAUGGUUAGAGUUCAUCAUUACAUAUUUUAAAUUAGAGAUUUUCUUCCUUAAAACUCCUAAGGUUAUUCUGCUCAUUACAAAAUGGAUAUUUCAUGGAUGUUGUUAACUCUAACAGAGUAAAUUCGUUAGACGGAGAAUACCUCGGGGUAGUGCUCGUACUUAUAUAAACAACGAGGAUUUGAUUUUUUCGUAA